UAUGCUGUUCAGACACCAUGUGGCCACAAUUUCUGCCUGAAGUGUUUCCAGAAAUGGAUUGGGCAAGGGAAGCGUACUUGCGCAAAAUGCCGCCACCAAAUUCCUCCUAAAAUGGCAAGCCAGCCCAGGAUUAAUUCUGCACUUGUGACUGCCAUCAGAAUGGCGAAACUGUCAAAAUUAAAUGUAGCAGCUGGUUCUUCGAAAGUUUACCAUUUUGUACACAACCAGGACCGACCAGACAAAGCUUUUACCACAGAACGGGCACAGAAGUCUGGCAAGGCCAAUGCUGCCAGUGGGAAGAUCUUUGUUACUGUUCCACCCGAUCAUUUUGGACCUAUAAUGGCUGAAAAUGAUCCAGAGAGAAAUCAGGGUGUGCUGGUUGGAGAAUGCUGGGAGGAUAGAUUAGAAUGUCGGCAAUGGGGUGCCCACCUUCCACAUGUUGCAGGUAUAGCUGGACAAUCGGACUAUGGAGCACAAUCAGUGGCACUUUCAGGAGGUUACGAGGAUGACGAAGAUCAUGGAGAGUGGUUUCUGUACACAGGAAG